AUGGCAAUCCCCAAAUUGAUUGAAAAAGAAUACGCGAAGCGGAUACAGGCAGCUAAAGCGUUCAUGAAGGACUUUGGCACAGAAUUCCUUGAGAUUUUGGCAGAACGGUUCCUGAAUGAUAAUAAUGAGGUCUAUGCUAUCACUGUAUGGGGAGCCCUGGUCACAUUAUUAGGAAAGGAUCUAAGAAAAAGCUCCGCGCUUAGCUCCAUGCUUAAGAUGGCAGAGAAAUGUUUCAACUCAACAUCGCCCACGAAGACCAAUAUUAAGGUGGCUGCAUUCCAAGCAUGGACUCGGCUCAUCUAUAGCUUUGCUAUCGAUGGGCAUAUCAGGGAUGAGAAGAUCCUUAAAUUAAUACUCGUCCCACUCACAGAUUGCUUUUUGAACGAAAAAAACAAUCGCGUCCGAGUAACGUGCGCUAGCUCCUGGGUUUCGCUUAUUUAUGCCCUUGGCUCCAAGCUGCCGAAGCACGCAAAUCAAGCCCUCUUUCCUCAAUUGAGGCUUGCAAUCGAGGAUGACUCUGAGAAUAUCCGUGAUCUGGCCCUUAAGCUUAUUGUGGCAUUAAUCUCCAAUUCUGGUGGUCAAUGUAUGGUGUUGACAUUUGCCAUUGUAAUAUUCAAGCUCCAAAAGAACUAUCUAUUUCGUUGA